CUUUUUUAGUGCCGAAGUUUCAAGAGCGAGCUCCAAGAACGAGCAACACAAAAUUUGUUUUUUCCUUGCUCUUUAUUCGUGUGUAGAACAUUUAAUAUUAUUAAGUAAUAUUCGGUACAGUACGUGCAUGCAAAUAUUAUAAUAAAAGUGUCUCAUUGAAAGUGAAAUAGUUCUUGGAGUAGAAUUUAAGAGUGUGAAAUUUUAAUCGAUAAUCUGAAUCUGUGAAAAAAGGAUAUUUUUAUUGUUGUUGUAUUAAAUACAUCAUAGACAUUUGGCGAAGCACCCAAUCUUAGUAUUUGAAGAAAAGUAUCAAAAAAGUUCUUUUAUGUGGUCGAACGCUUAUUUUUUACCUCCUCAAGGAAUGUAUUUCCCGCAACUAGUGCAAGCGGGAAUGGGUACACACUUUCCUUCAAGUGGAUUUACAGCUUCAAAUCAAACGGUUGGACCUGAAAGCCUUUCUGUUGCGGUUGCUGUCAAGAAUGCUAUAAACGAUCCCCUCUUAUCCCUUAAAUCCGAAGCAAAUACUCAACAAGUACAACCAAGUAUCAGCUCCACUCAUGCCACAUCGACUGAAUUCAGCUCAAUAGUUUCUCAACCAGUCACAACAAUUAGUACAUCAUUACCUCUUUCAGUAUCCCCGACAGCCAACAGCAAUGAUCAACUCAAAGAAUUUUCUCUUAAUUCAGAGGCUGAUAAUACUAGUGCCAAUGCAGAAGCCAAAUCAUUGUCAACGACUUCAACGUCUGGAGUACAAACCAGUGUGUCAGAAACAUCAGCAGUCACGUCAAUAUCACCUCCAAAUGUAAUUCCAACAGGAACCACGACCACUUCCACCACAGCUGAUUCCAAAUCUCAACCAAAGCGUCUUCAUGUCUCAAACAUACCUUUUAGAUUUAGAGAUCCCGAUUUGAGGGCAAUGUUUGGACAAUUUGGACCGAUUCUUGAUGUUGAAAUUAUCUUCAAUGAACGGGGAAGUAAGGGUUUCGGUUUUGUGACAAUGCAUAACAGUGCAGAUGCAGAACGAGCACGAGAACGUCUUCACGGCACCGUGGUUGAGGGACGCAAAAUUGAGGUAAACAAUGCUACAGCUAGAGUUCAGAGUAAAAAGAUUGCAGCAGUGCCAAACGUUUGUGUGCAAUGGCCAGAUGCGGCUGCUGCUUUAAGAGGUGUUGCCUUACAAACAACACGAGCACGUACUGCUUUUCCCACCCGAACAUUCGCAAGAUUACCAACGCCAUUAAGUAAUGCAACUGCUUCCAAUCCUUUACAUGGAUAUGCACCAUUAUAUUUCGAUCCAUAUUUUGCUGUUGCGAAUGCGGCAGCAACAUCUGAUCAGAAUUUGCGCCUGCAGCAAGCAGCUGCAGCCACACCAGCUCUCUUAAAAACUCCUUUGGCACAAUCUCAACAAGCAUACUCACAAGCAUUUACAACUCGAGCAAUAAACGCAGCAAGUUUAGCUCAAGUUCAGGCUCAAGUGCAAGCACAAGCUCAACCCGUUACUGCUGCCACUUAUGCCGCAGCAAUGAGCGGAUACGGAAGAGAUUACACAGAUCCAUACCUUGGUCACGGCAUUGGGCCAGUUCCGGGAUAUGGAGCCAUGUUUCGAGGAGCAUACUCCCGAUAUCAGCCAUACUAGAAUUCUCGAUGUUUGCGUUUAUUGAACGUAAAUCAAAGUUCAAAGUCUUAGCAAGUAGGAAAUUACAUUAUUAAUAAUGAGAAAGAGAAUUAUUCGUAACUUUCUCUUAUUUUCUAUCAUUACAAAUAUUUUUUUUCAAAAUUCCAAUCAUGACAAAAACAAAGAAGAAAUCAAACUCUUACUAUGCAAAUAGCAAUCUCAAAGGGAAAAAAGCAGGAAAAUUAAAAUUUAUCCUGAAUUAAGAAAUUAAAGAUUAAAAACGAAUUAAAAUCUUUUGAUUCAUGAGAUUUUACAUCUUUUCUUGAUCAAAGUAAUCAAAUUUAGCAAGCAAAUAUCUCGAUUAAGUUUAAUCCAAAUACACCUUUUGAUACUCUCAAAUUCAAUUUAUGUUUAUUUUUUCAAAUUAAAAAUUUAAUUGAGUACAAGCAUAAAAAUGUUUAUGCAUAUUUACAUCACAUGAACAAGCUGUUUUUAAAUUGUAAAUCGAAAAAGGAAAUUAAAAAAAAUGAAACGAUUUCGCAUAAAUUAGGAUGUAUCAGAUAAAGCCAAAAAAAAUCUCUUAGCUAAAACUAUGCUCGAUGCUUAGUUUCUAGUCAUAAAUAACUCUCACGACAUUUCUUUACUUUGCUCAGUAAAUAUUAACGUAUAUGCGACUAGAAGCACCGAGCAUUUCGGAGAUCAUUAAAAUCGGCAAUCGGUAUACGAUUGCAUGUUUAAUUAUUAAGUUAACAAAGCCUAUCCAAGAUCAAGAACAGAAAAAAUAGUCAUCGACUGUAAUCGAUUUUUUGAUAUUAUUUAGCAAUGUUUAAUAACAGCCUCGGGAUUUAUCUCAUCAAACCAUCUUCCUACAUUAAUUCGGCCAGAAUAAUUGCAAAUAAUUUAAAACGAUCAAUUGAAGUCAACAAUUUCAUCUAAAACAGUCUUCUGAAACCCUUCAACAUAAGAAUAAAAAAGCUUCGAAAGAGUUUCAUACUCAACAUACAUCACAUUGAAUAAUAAUAAACGGAUUGAAUUACAUAUUAAUUUCAAAACUGAUAUUAUAAAUAUAAUGGUCUUCUAGAAAACUUGUGAUGUUAUAAGUGUAUAGAUAGAUUCUUUCCUGAUGACAUUUGAACAAACAAAACAAAAAAAAGAACAAAAAAAAGUAAAACGAAAAAUUGAAAAGUCAAUUUGUAAUCGUUACGCGUAAAAAAAGGUAAAGAAGUAAGAAUACCAAAUAGGAUGGAACUAAAUAUUAUUAUUAUUUUCAAAUUUCCAUAAUAUUAAGAUGUAAGAGUAAAAUUCGUAAAGAAAGAAAAAUUAAUUGUAAGCACAAAAAAAAUUCUGUAUCUUUAAAAAAUACCAAUGUUGUAUGAAGCUCAAUGAUACGAAGAGCUCAUAUCAUUCUCGUCAUGAAAUGAGUUCGUGUUUGUGGCAAAUUAGCCCUUUUAACCAAACGUAAAUUUCGAAAUUAAAAAAAAAUUGAAGAAAAUAUCAGCCAAAGUUUGAAAGUAAGCUUUAGAUUAGUAAGCCAUUUUUUACCCUUGAUUUUUAAGAUUUUAAGAAUCUUUCACGCUCUCUUUUUCCCUCUUGUCGUUCCACUUUGAAAUUUCAAAAAGGGCCAAUGAAGAUUUUUACAAUUGUAAAACCUUUCGAGUAGUAAAGGCAAUAGCCUUAUUCAGUGAUAAAGGUAAGAAGUUAAAAUGUUUUCGCUGAAAUCUCAAAAGCAGUUGUAGAUGUUAAGAAAAGAAAUUAUUUCUAAGAACAGUCACAUUUUUUUCAAAUAAAUAUAAAAAAACUUAUAUACCUAUUGUGCAACAAAGAAAAUGAAGAACAAACAUCUAAGAAAUUAUUUAACUCAACUAUUUUCUAUUCACGACCUUUCUCGCUGUGUAUUGGAUGAACAUUAGAAGACUUUUUCACAAACGACAACCAACAUUGUGCUUAUGAAAGCGCAAAAUAUUUUAAUAACUUUUAUCUCAUUGAAUUGUGCACAAAUUUCUUAGAAUUUAUCAGAACCAAAUCAUACCUACAUACAUUAUAUUUCUUCCCAUUGCAUACACAUAUUGAAAUUUAUUUUUCCACCGUUGUUCAUGGUGCGAUGUUCGAAUUAUGUUCUUUCCGAUAGAACGAAAAAAAAUUAAAUACUCGAUAUUAAGAUAAAUUUUCUUCAUAAAUAAUGUACAUAUUAUGAUGCAAACACAAGAGGAGUAAAAUAAAAGCACAAAGUUACAUUUUCAUUUGAA